UUGACGAAUGAGUGAAAAAUUAAUAAACUAUUUUACUCGUCGAUCGUUAUGAGACAGAAAGGAUUGAUUUUUUUUCUUUUUUUUUUCUUUCUUUUUUUCUCUUUUUUUUUCUUUUUUUUUUUUUUUUUUUUGACGAAUGUUUCACGUACGAAUAAAUAAAUAAAAAUUUCCAUAUACACGAUGGCAGAUAUUACGAUAAUUAAACUUUAAGUAAAUAAAAUUUGAAAGUCGAUUUAAUGGGAUAUAUGAUGUAAAGAAAUGUUUGCAAAAAUAAUCGAUAUAACGGCGAAAAAAUAAUGAAUAAAUAAGGAGUAUAGAUCGGCUUUUGAUAAUUUAAAGAGGAUCGUGCUAGGGCACCAACGACAGGUUGCCGUUUUAUGUCACGUGGUUACAGUUAAGCGGGGAAAGGUCUUCCCGUGUUGCUUGUUUCGAAAUGUCAACAAUUGUCAACAAUAUGGCCUUGUGAAAUAAUCCGUAUGUGGUAAUAGCCAAACGUUUUUGUGCAAGUAAUAUUGAAUUAAUUUAUAAGAGUAUAGCUCGAUGGACUUCGAUUGAUACGUACACGUAAUACGAACAGCAUUAACGAUAUGUACUAUCCUAACCUUAAAUUUAGAAAUCAACAUCAGUUUCACUAAGAUAAUAAAAAUCUUUCAAAAUUUUACAUAACGAUAAACGAAAUGGCAGGACAAUUAGAAAGACUAAGAAUUUACUUUGUUACGUGGAACGUGGCCACUAAGUAUCCUGUACAAGAUUUGCAUCAACUUUUAAAUAUUACACAUGGAAAUAUAAAAUCUUUACCAGACAUAUAUUUUAUUGGACUACAGGAAGUAAAGGCACAACCACAGAAUAUGGUAUUAGAUAUUAUUUUUCAAGAGGAUCCAUGGACCAAAUCGUUCAGAGAAGUAUUAAAAGAUUACGAUUAUGUGAAAAUCCGUUCUCAACGGUUACAGGGUCUUGUUUUAAAUAUGUUCUGUUUAAGAAAACAUAUUACUCAUUUAAGAUUGGUAGAAGCACAAUAUACGAGAACAGGAUUUGGUGGAAUGUGGGGCAAUAAAGGUGCCGUAAGCAUAAGAUUGAAUAUAUAUGGCGUUAGCAUUUGUGUAGUAAAUACACAUUUAACGCCUCAUGAUCAUCUAUUAGCAGAUAGAAUAGCAGAUUAUAAUACUAUUCUUAGAGAACAUUCUUUUAGUGCACCUGACACAUCAAACAUUUUAUAUCAUGAUUAUGUAUUUUGGAUCGGGGACUUGAAUUUUAGACUUCAUGGGGAAGAUCUAACUGCAAUUGAUAUUGAUUUAUUGGUUAAAAAAAAUAAAUUGAAUCUACUUUUGGAAAGGGAUCAAUUGAAAUUGGUGAUGAGGAAUGGCGAUGCAUUCGCAGAACUAAAUGAAAACAAUAUUGAAUUUCCUCCUACGUACAAAUUUGAAUUUGCUUCGCAGGAAUUUGAUCUCAAACGCCGGCCAUCUUGGACAGAUAGAAUUUUGUAUAAAGUUAAUGCAGACGUAUAUGACGAUGUUACAUUAAGCGCCCUACAACUUAAUUACAAGAGUCAUUCUAAUUACAUUCAAUCUGAUCAUAAGCCUGUAACCGGUGAAUUUGAUAUUAUGAUCAGACCAAAUGUGGAAGACCAUGGCGUAGAGUUUCAACCAGUUUCUGCUUGGUUUAUAGACGAAGAAAAUUCAGUAUCGUAUAAAUUGAUUGGAGAUGUAAGACCAGUAAGUGGAGAUUGGGUGGGUCUUUUUCAUAAUCAAUUUUCUAGUUUAGAUGAAUAUAUCGUCUAUGAAUAUGUUGUAAGAGGUAGAACAGCAGAAACUUCAGAAGUGGAAUCUUCCGAACCAAUAACGGAAAGAAUAUUUUUUAGCGAUUCGGCCCUUAGAAUUCCUGGAAUGUAUCGUUUAGUUUAUGUAGCGCAACGCGGUGAUCUCAGAGGAAUUCUUGGUAUGAGUCCACCAUUUCCAGGUCAUCGCAGACCACUUUGAUUGAAUCUCUCCUCUAAAUCCAGACAAAUUAGUUGAAUUAUUUUCACGGUAAUCUAUAAUUUAGGAUUAUUAAUGAAAAUGUUUUAUCGGUGUAUGAUACGAAUCAGUUUGAUUUUGAUCAUUAAUUUUAAUUAACGGGCCUAAGAAGAAUAAUCGACCAAAAGGAUUUACAAAUUCUUUCUUUUUUUUUAUGAAUAUAGAGUAAUAUAUAAAAAAAUAAUGACAAUUACGAUUAAGGAAACGAAAAGAAAAGAAACAUAAAAUGUACGAAUAGUUUGUUCAUUUUCUGCAUGUUAGUUACGUUAGAAAUCGUAUCGUUUUUAAAUGAAUUACAAACUUUCUUUUAUAAUAUGAAAAUUGGUUAAUCAAGCGAUUUCAGUGGCACUUGCAGCAAAGGUUGAAUAAUUUUUAAAUGCAGAAACAAUUGAUUUGAUCUCAUUUGACAUAAAAUUAAAAGAACAAUUAUUUUUUAUUAAUAAAUGAUACCCAAAAUAGGAAUAGUAUAUCGUACUGUUUAAAUAUCGCUUUUAAAUGCCUUAACCAUAAAAGGUUAAUCGAAUACUUAUUUCCUGCUAUUGUGAUAAUUCCAUCGAACAAAGAAACAUAAUCUAUAAUAUUCGUGUUGAAAUUUAAUGGAGGAAAAUAUCUGGCAUAAUAUUCUAUAUAUAUAUAUUUAUAGUUACUAUAUUAUUAGAUAUUAGACAAUUUUGUUUAUAAUAUUUUUAUGUUAUUUUUGGUACCUGGUUAAUGCUUCUGAGUUUAUUGCUCGGAUGCACUCGCACUUAAUUACCUUAUAUCUCGAAGAGCUUAUUAGAGUGAAUUGACGCAUUUUAUAAAUGUAAUCAAUUGUUGUAAUCAUAUAUGCACGCGUGCACUCUUUUGAGACAUUUUAGAUCAUUCGUUAUUAAAUAACGAGGCUUAUUGACUGGAUAUGUAGGUCAAUGUUAUGACUUGCUAUUUUAAAAUAUACCAGUUCAGGUUUACGAUGUGUAUGAAUACAAAAUAAUAAAUAUAUACAAUGAUAUACAUACAUAUAUAUAUAUAUAUAUAUAUAUAUAUAUAUAUAUAUAUAUAUAUAUAUAUAUACACGAUAUAUAUAACGAUGAAAAUAAAAUGUAACAGUAUUUUUUAUCAGUGCAUUUCAUUGUUCAGUAAACCUUUAUUCAUUAAGUAGAGGCAUAAGAUAUUAUUAUAAUUCGUAUAAAUAUUUUUAUUAAGAAAAAUAUUAUCAUUAAAAUAUUUACACGAUCGGUUGUAUUUAAAUAGAUUUACUUUAUAUAAAUAAAUAAUAAUAAUUGUCAAUUAGACGUUGAAUAAUAUUAAAAUAGUGUAUAAUAUAUUGUAGUGAAAUAACGAUAACAAGAAUAUGACACGAUGUAAUUUACAUGAUUUCUUCAAGGUCUGUUUACAAGUUAAACGAUAAAACGAUCAUUUAAUAAUAGAAAGAGAGAUCAUUUAAUAAUGAAAAUGUUAGAAUUAAUGGCAUAUUACUACUAAUGGUUAGAUAACAAAUGUACAGAUACAUAAAUAACACUCAGUUAUACACCAAUAUAGCUGAGCAUGGUGAGAAAACAUGUUGUUAUUAGAUUGUUGCAUAAUUACUUUAGCAUUUUCUUAAAAUACUCUCCUAUGUUUGAAUUUUUUCCUUAAAAAUAACGUACAAUCGAAUAAACGUACACUUUUGUAACAGAUCAAAAAAAAAAUAUAUAUAUUCAACAUUAAAAUUUAACAUAAAAGAACAUUACUAAUUAUAUAAUAAUUAAAUUCAUUAAAUAAUUAUAUCAAUUCUAAUUUUUGUUUUAUCAGUACGUUGUCGAAUUG